AUGGCUGCUCCUCCAGACGCCAGUAUUAAAACGCUGAGCGGGACCUGGGUUCUUGACAAGAAACUGUCAGACGAUCCAGAUGCAGCCUUCAAGCUGCAAGGUCUCGGCUGGCUGACCCGCAAAGCAAUCAGCGUCGCCACUAUCAACACCGAAUUCACUCAGUUCACUGAAACAGACAUCAAUACCUCCACCCCAAUAGUUCAUCUAACCGCCCACCAGAGCGCCGCUGGAGGCGCCGGCGGGACUACCGAGACCCGAGUAUUAGACUGGGUGGAUCGUCCUCACACCGAUCGUAUUUUUGGCAAUGCGGUUGUUCGAAGCCGGUUUGUCGAUGGCGUUGACGAUGGCAACGGAAAUAUCCGGCCUGAUCUAGACUUGCAGACGGUGGGCUCCGAUGGGAGUUUCCUGAAGGAAACAUUGUCAGCUGGCGGGGAAAAGGUGGAUGAAGAUCUGUCGAGUCUCUUUAUUCAGGAUUAUAUCGUGAGCUCGGAUGGUGGGUGGACGGCAGAGCAGAUCUGGGCAUUUGAAUUCAUUGAUGGCGAGCGGUUUCUAACACGCCGAGCUCUCCUGUCUAAUGGCUCUAAAUCCAUGCCGACUCGAGUUAUUUACAGAUUUGUUAAGAGAUGA